AUGGAGAGAAUAGUCGAGUCGUUGCUUCUCCUGUCCAUCCCUGCUCUGAUCCUCGUCCACCUCGCCGUCGCUCCCUACACCAAGGUCGAGGAGUCCUUCCACAUCCAGGCGGUCCAUGAUAUCCUGUCAUAUGGGAUUCCCACGGAGAAUGUUACGCAAUACCUUCAGUCCCACUAUGACCAUUUCUCGUUCCCAGGAGCCGUACCGAGGACGUUCAUUGGAGCUGUUGUUCUGGCUGGGAUAUCGAGACCGGUGGCAUGGCUGAAUAGCAAUGUUGAUCGGCAGGUUUUGGCACGAGCUAUCCUCGGGUUGUUCAAUGGCGUUGCGCUCCUUUCGUAUGCGACUGCUGUCCGGCGGGCUUUCGGGCGUUCAACGUCCAUCUGGUACCUGGCUUUCCAGGCCAGUCAGUUCCAUGUCAUUUAUUAUGCUUCGAGAACUCUAUCGAAUAUGUUCGCGUUUGGGAUCUGUGGGUUCUGUCCUUUUGUUCUUUGA